AAAACUAUCAACAAAAACAAAACAAAAAUGGCCAGCAAAUACGAAAUGUCCAAAACCUACCAAUACCGCAAAGUGAUGAAACCUCUAUUGGAACGUAAACGUCGUGCCCGCAUCAACAAGUGCCUAGAUGACCUUAAGGAUUUAAUGGCGGAAUGUUUCAAACAAGAAGGCGGCGAUAGCACCCAGAAAUUCGAAAAGGCUGAUAUUUUGGAAGUCACCGUUGAGCAUUUGCGCAAAUUGAAGGCCCAAAAACAACAAAUCAACCAAAACAAUCUCAGUGCCCAACAGAGUUUCCGUUCCGGUUAUAUUCAGGCUGCCAAUGAAGUAUCUCGUUGCAUGGCUACCCUGCCCAAUAUUGAUGUUGGCUUUGGCACCAAACUAAUGACCCAUUUGGGAUUGCGUUUAAGUCAAUUGGAAUCACCACAGGAACAACCGUUGGCUGUUAGCACCCCCUUGACAGUUGCCUGUGCCAGUUCUCAAUCGACUGCCGCUUCUGCCAUGUACAGCCCAGUGUCAAGUGGUUAUGCCAGUGAUUGUGAUUCUUCAUCCUCGUCAGCAUCAUCUAGUUCCCGUUCACCAGUUCUAACACAACACAAACAAGGAUUAUUACAAGUCAGCACAAAUGCACCCGUUUGGCGUCCAUGGUAA